CUGCCCCUCUCUCUUCUCGCCGUCGCCCUUCUCUGCGAGCCUGCGCAGGGAGGGCUUCCCCCCCCCGGUCCCCGUCCCCUCGGCGCCUCUUUGCCUCCCCACCAUUUUGUGCCGUGAUCGCAACGUUAGCUGCUCGGUUGUUGCAUAUUCUCCUGUGUGUUCGAGCUUGAGACGGAAUACUGAAGGGGCCUUGAUGGCGGAGAGUCAAUCACCGGCCGGCCUGGGGGACGUCACAUCCCUUGGUGGGGCUGCGCUCGGCUCAGAGCCCGAAACCCGCCGGUUGAGCGAGCUACGAGUCAUCGAUCUCCGGGCUGAGCUCAAACGUCGCAGCCUAGACAGCGGCGGCAAUAAGAGCGUCCUGAUGGAGCGGCUGAGGAAGGCCAUUGAGGAUGAAGGAGGAGAUCCUGAUGAAAUCCCUGUGGCCUCAGAACUGACCAACAAGAGGACACCCAAAAGAACUAGCAAAGGAAGAAAACCAGAAGAAGAAGGUGUUGAAGACAAUGGACUAGAAGAAAACUCAAGAGAUGAGCAGGAGGAUAUUGAAACAAGCCUGGAUACCUUGCAGGACAUUGACAUGAUGGACAUUAGUGUGUUAGAUGAAGCUGAAAUAGAUAAUGGCAGUGCUGUAGACUGUGGAGAAGACUACAGUCCUGAUAAUAUCCUUGAUUCCCUCUCUGAGAAUAAAGACAACCUUGAAGCAGAAAUGAAAGAACUUCCAGAUCAGCUAACAGAAAAUGAGGAAGAUUAUGAUGAAAUUGAAAACAAUUUAGAUGCCUCUUCUCCCAGUUUAAUUGACAUGAAGAAAAUGGAGAAGCUGCCCUUGGAGCCAGAAAAUGAGAAAAUACUCGACAUUUUGGGGGAAACUUGUAAAUCUGAAGUGCUUAACGAAGAGCCUUGCGAGGCGGAGCGGCCACACGCCCAGGAAGCCAGUAACGUGGUGCCAGGCAAGAGGCUAGCGGAGGAAGAGGACGCUCUUGCUGCCGCUCAGUCGGAGGAAGAUGCUUUAGAUUUGGACAGCAAAUCGGCCCAAGCUAUGGCAAGGAAGGAAGCAAAGCGUUUAGUUGUAGCAAAAGGGGAGACAAGUGAACAGACAAUAGAGGAAGAGAAGCUGGACUCUGCCUCUUUAGUAGUAGAGAGCCUAAGCGAUCAGAGUAGCAAACGCUCCCAAGGCCUGGAAGCCUCUAGUGGGGAAGCGGCGGCCAAAGGCGCAGGCCCCGAAGGCAGCAAAGCUAGCAAAGAAGAUGGCAAGAAAACAGAAGACAAAGCUAAUUCUGAGGAACCCCCUGCUACUAAAGAGUCCUCAGCCAGUGAGGGCGCUGAUCAGAAAAAGAGCCCUGUUGAGGAGGACAGAGAUGCAAAGAUAAUCUCAAAGGAUGAGAAAGGGCACGCUGCCAGUGGUUCUGGUAGAAACUUUUGGGUGAGUGGAUUGGCUUCCACUACAAGAGCUACAGAUCUGAAGAAUCUUUUUAGCAAAUAUGGCAAGGUGGUGGGUGCAAAAGUGGUCACCAACGCUCGCAGUCCUGGCGCUCGCUGCUAUGGCUUUGUCACAAUGUCUACAGCAGAGGAAGCCACAAAGUGUAUAACUCACCUCCACAAAACCGAGCUACAUGGAAAAAUCAUCUCUGUAGAGAAGGCAAAAAGCGAACCCUCUGGGAGGAAACCAAGUGAAAGAAAGGAGAAUGAAGGAAGAAAAGAACCAGGCAGUGAGAGACUUGGCUGUGUUAAAAGAGAUGAGAAAGAUGAUUCUAAAAAGACAGAAGACAGAGAUGAAAAAGAAAGAAAGGAUAAAGAUGAAAAGUCUGGUUCAUCAGAUCAACAUAAAACCAAGUCAGGAAGCAAAGGAACAGAGAGAACAGUAGUAAUGGAUAAAUCCAAAGGAGAACCUGUCAUUAGUGUGAAAACAUCAACUACAUCAAAAGACAGAAGCAUUAAGAGCCAGGACCGCAAGUCGGAGAGCAGAGAGCGGCAGGGGAUUGUGCCCUUCGACAAGAUCAAAGCGCAGCGCAAGAUGAGGGAGGCAGAGCAGCGCCGCACUCGUGAGCGCCGGGAGAGGCAGCAGCACCUGCAGACCAUCCGGGAACGAGAAGAAAGGGAAAGGCUGGAGAUUGCUCGGGAGAGGCUGGAAAUUGAAAGGCAACGCCUUGAACGGGAACGGAUGGAAAGAGAGAGGCUGGAGAGGGAACGGAUGCACAUCGAGCACGAAAGGAGGAGGGAGCAGGAUCGCAUCCAGCGGGAGAGGGAGGAGCUGCGGCGGCAGCAUGAGCAGCUGCGCUACGAGCAGGAGCGGCGCUCUGCCAUGAGGAGGCCUUAUGACAUAGAUGGCAGGAGAGAUGAUCCAUACUGGCCAGAGGCCAAACGAAUGGCAAUGAAUGACAGGUACCACUCCGACUUCAGCCGCCAGGAUCGCUUCCACGACUUCGAUCACAGGGACCGGGGCCGUUACCAGGACCAUUCAGUAGACAGGAGGGAUGGCUCCAGGACAAUGAUGGGAGAUCGAGAUGCACAACACUACCCAGAUGAGCGCCAUGGAGGACCAGAUCGGCACUCGCGAGACUCCCGGGAGAGCUGGGGCAGCUACGGCUCCGACAGGAGAAUGAGUGAGAGCAGAGGGAUCCCCCCACAGUCCAGAGAUGGACGUGACUGGGGAGAUCACGGUCGGAAGUUUGAAGGCCAUCAAGACCGUUCGUGGCAGAGCAGCGUGGAUGGGAUGAUAGGAAGGGAUCAUGAGAGAUGGCAAGGUGGGGGUAGAGGCAGACCUGGUCACGUGAUGCAUCGUGGAGGCAUGUCAGGGCGUGGAGGCUUCAUGCAAAGUGGCAACCAAAGUCAGAUGAUGCAUGGAGGAGGAAUGCAAGAAGGCUUUGCCGGCCAGGAGAGAGCAAACAGACCCAACGACCCUCGUUUCAACCGCCGCUACUGAAUGUGGCAGGGGGGUUUUAAGGCAAGGUGGCAACUGAAAUGAAAUCUCUCACCCAGGGUUACCAUGAAUUGUAACUUGGGGGCCACUCUUUAAGUGUAAUUUUAUUAUUUUGUUGGUUUGUUUUGGGGGUUUUUAUUGGUUUUUUUUUGGGUUGGUUUUUUUUUUAAGCUGCUGCCAUAUUCUGUCACUCGAUCCAAUGUGAACUCAUUUGUUUUGUAAUGUGUUGUUCAUAGCCCAUUCAAAAUUGUUUGUUAAUGAAGCAUUCCAUUUUCCAGAAAUAAAUCCCAGUUUGCAGUUAA